UCGUGGUUUUGAAGGUUACGUCGCAAUGUUUAUUUUGGAAUUCUUGAGCGUCUUUCAUCCAUGGCGCUGAAAUGUGAUAAUUGUGCAUAGUCUCAGAGACUUGUAAACUGAAAAUUCCUCUUAAAACUUCGCAUUUUACUUUUCGCUCCAUUAAUUUUUGUAAGCUGUUAAACUGGAGAGACUCGAUCUUCGGGUUGGAGGCCAUGGUCUCCAUUCAGUCCAAAACUGGCCUGAUGUUAAUGACGAUGCGCUAAAUGGGAAUCUUCCUGGGAAGACAACAUUCAUCCCUAUAUCUCUUGACUAUCAUCCAUUGGAUGAGAAAAUGUUAAGUGGAGAAACAACCCAAGAUCAAAAUGACACUGCUCUGGAUAGCGAAGCUGCAAAGUCUCGAGCCACUUUGGUUCGCUCUGAUGGUGUGGAUGACACUGACUCAGUUUUUCAGAUUGAACUCCCCUCUUCGCCUGAAACUAAUGAUAAAAAAUUGAAUCGAGGUAUAUCAAGAGCAACAGAUAAUGUGAACAUUGUCAUGCGAGCCAGAACAGAGUUGGACAAUGUGAAUGAAGAUAGCAAUGUGUUCGAGUUUCCAGUUUAUAAUUUCACACUGCCUGACCUGUCAACACUUCCAGAGGAUUUUCGUGUUUUCAUUGAGAAGGAUUUGAUGGCUCUUUCAACAUUGUCAUCAUUGGAGCAAGCAAAUCGGCUGAACUGGUGGACAAAUUUUACUCAGAAGCUCUGGCCUCUUUCCACAUCAGGCGAUGGCAAUUGCUUAUUGCAUGCUGCUUCCUUAGGAAUUUUUGGAUUUCAUGAUAGAAGGCUGUCACUACGAAAAGCUCUUCACAAUUUCCUAACACAUAGUGGUUUCAUUGAUGCUCUUUGGCGACGCUGGAAGCGGCAGCAGAGUGUGCUGAAUGUGCAGUCAGGACUUGUAUACUCAGAGAUUGAAUGGCGCCAGGAGUGGAAUGCCAUCGUCUCCAUGGCCUCUAUCACGCCACGCAUUAGGCGGCAGAGUUUUGCAGGUAAUGAUGCUGGUGACUUGGCUGGAGCUGUUUACGAAAGUUUAGAAGAAAUCCAUGUUCUUGCUCUGGCUCAUGUCCUCAAACGACCUAUCAUUGUUGUUGCUGACACAGUCCUCAAAGACAUGAAUGGAGAUGCAUUGGCUCCCAUUCCAUUCGGUGGAAUAUAUUUGCCUCUCGAGAUACCAGCAGAGGAGUGUGAAAGAUCACCUCUGCUACUUGCCUAUGAUGGUGGUCAUUUUUCAGCUCUAGUCAUUAUGGAUAAUAGUCCCUUACCAGCCGCAAUUCCACUAACAGAUUCGUCACAUGAACUACUUCCUAUCCAGUUCAGUAUUGAUCCAAAUGAUGCUGAAGAAGAAAAUCUAGAGUUUGAACUAUCUUUUUCGGAAAAAAUAGACCUACUCAAUAAAUUCCUCGAUGUUGUUAAGUUGGAUCCUGUGAUCACAGAGCACACAGAAAAGAAUGGGGUGUUUGGAAGCAUAGGCAAAAGUGUAAGUCAGAAAUUAAGACUGAAGUUAAGUCGCUCAGAUUCGCACAAAAGUACAGCACAAAAUAAAGAGCAUGAAGCUUAUUUGUGCGCUCUUCUUCAUAUUAAAAGAUCUGACUACCAUGAUACUCUAAAGAACAACUAUCUGCAGUCAGCCAAAAGCCGCUUCCAUGAAACUAAUCAUAAAAUGAAGGACAGUGAUCUAGCGCCACGCUAUGGAGCAGGAAAAUCACAGUUCUAUGCAGAGGCCGAUCUAGAGUCGCAUGAAAAGGUGAACCAGCUAGCCAGUGUGAAGCCAGCCACAAAUAAUGACCGAACAGUCUAUUUGAGUAAGUCCACGUUUUAUGACACAAGUCAACAUUGUCGGGCGAAAGACUGCCCUUAUUUUGGGAACCCAGCAACGCAGAAUUUCUGCUCUGCAUGCUACCGUGAUAUGAUCUUGGCUCUUACUAAGUCCACCUGAUUCACUUGAUCCUCGUCUCUUUAUACACCGUAUUCUGUACAUAUUUGUCUUUUGUUAUGCUUUGUUUUAGUCCAAAGUUGUUGGAUCAAAACUCUUGCGUCCUUUUGAACCCUUUGCAGCUUUUCUGUAUGUUACAUACCUUUUUUUUCUUUUAUGGAAGACAUAAAAAUCCAUCAAUGUUACUCUGCAAACACAUUGCUUGUCUGCUCCAUUGAAUAAACCAAAAUUUUUAAUAUCACAAUCUGCUAAGUGUGUUCAGUGAGAAGAACUGUAAUCUAUAAGAGGAUCAAGAACAGCGAAGAGACUCUAGUCAGCUAAAUUGUGUAGGUGAAAAGUAAGAUAUUGCUCUCUGGUAAGAGGAGAAAUAUUGUAGAAUUCUGUCGAAAUUUUGCCCUUUUCUCAUCAAAGUACCUUCGUAACCCUGUGGUUUCUCUGUAGAGCAUGCAAGGUAUUUAUGUACAUUUGAUGGUUGUAUAUAACAUAGGAAUAAAUUUCCAGCCUAAAUUUAGAAGGCGCAUUACAUGGACUUCAGAGACACCAAGAUUGUAGGAAGCAAAUCUGAAAAUAUCAAACAUAGGGUCAGACAUUUUGGCACACACUUGUGCUUUUGUCCGUUUUUAAAAGUAAAAGUUAAAACAUCAAGUAUCUAAGGAAUGUUGGAGUUAUACUUUGACAGAACCAAGCCCAGCAACAAGACUAAGAAUUUUUGGAUUCAAUGUAAACAAUCAACAGCUAAUCACCGGUGCUCAGAAAGUGACUCAUACAUGCACCCCUGUAAACAGUGACAAAUGCAUGCUAGAGAAAAAUUUAGUGGUCAAUAAUGCUCCGGUUUUUUGUGGAUGACCUAAAAUUUUAUACUCUAUAAGAUAAGAUACUUAAAAAUAUAAGUAAUUGAAAACAUUAUGUGGCCAAGUAGUUUUUGAUGAGCGCAGAACUUGGAAUUAUUGAUGUUUUGAGGUAUCAUGACAGCAUGGUGUAAUUUUAGUCCAGAAAUGUUUACCAUAACAUUUUGUUCAACACUCUCAAUCUGAUGCCAUAGUAUAACUCCAGCUAUUCUUUAAUAUUUUGAAUUGAAUUUUCGGUGACUGAAGGAUACAUAGGUGAGUGCUGAAAUGUCUCGCCCAAUGUUUUUGUGUUUUCAUCUUGUUUUCUGCAGUUUAAGCAUCUGUUAAACACAAAAACAUGUAUUUCUUGCUAUUGGUCUGAAUAAGUUUUGCUUAAUUUGUUUGGCUCUGACAAUUUAUGGUUCUUUAGCUGGGGCUUUCCAUCAUUCUAAUGAAUUUCUCUCUAACCAAUUUUGACAUAUCUCUCCGUAUUAGAAGCUGAAUUUUUGAGUUUCUCCCUGCUGUUCAGUGAUUCACCAAGGUGUCCAAUACAGAAUAAAAACAAAUAUCCCUUUAAAUGUUCCAUGUAUAAGAUUUAUUCACCCGUAGUUGCUGUAAGGGCUGAAUUUUUAUUCGUUUUAUCCUUUUCUGAAUAGUGCAAGAGUUAUUGUAACUGAAAUUAUAAAAAAUCCUUUGUUAAAGUUUUGAACUCAAGCAAUUGUAACACACUGCCUAACAUAGACAGUUUCAUGUGAUUUUCUGUCCAAUUAAUGUCUCAACAAACACCUGAAAUAUUUUCUCUUAGUCUCUAAAUAACUUUUCACUCAGCUGUUCCGUAGCUAUAAGAGCAAACCGAACAAUUUUACACUUUGCUAACUUUACAGAUAGCUUUUGAAUUCACUAUACCAUCCAAAACAUUUGCAAUAGUUUCUCUUAAUAAUUAGAAUUUUUAAUUCUCUGUUGCAAAUUUUUUUUUUCCUCUCUCUUUUUUAAUAAGUAAUCCUUUCUAAUUUGAUGUAUAGAGGCCAUUGAAACAAAGGAAAGAUGCAUUCACUCUAAGGUUUUUAUAUAGCAUGGCUUAUGUGGAGACUCGAGCAUUUUUACAAUGUUUUUGGACAAAAGGUCUCCUAUGCAUCUGAGAAGGAUCAUUCACAUGUUUAUUCUAAGUUUAUUUUGAUGGCAUGAUUUUUUAUUAAUGCAGGUGCUUUUCUCUCUUCCUUUUUUGAAAGAUUCGUACUUCUGCCUUUUUUUUUAUGCUUUCCUAAAAAAUGUUCUUGAAUGUGGACAGUAGUAGACUUGGACACUUUUGCCGGGGUAAAUUGAGCAUAUUUACAAAUACUGCAUACCAGUAACUUCCUAGCCAAUAGAACAAUCUGCUCUUUUGGGCAAGUAUUGUAAAACUCUGUUUUUAACAACUGUACAACAUUUGUAAUUUUUAAGAUGUUUCUCAUCAUUUGGAAAGUCUGUUGUAUAAUCUGAGUCAGUGAGGCUUAUUAUUUGAGUCGCUAUUUUCAUUUUUAGCUUGACACCUUUAAAUUAAAAACAACCUAUGUUUAAUCAGUAUAAAUCAUCUGAAAGAUGUAAGCCCACAUAUUAACAGUUAGUCUGGAGCAUAGAGGCGAACCUAACAUAAUCAAAAAACUGACUCAUCAGUUUAAAAGCCCUGCAAAUGAAAUCACACUUUAAGAGAAUGUUCUAUCUGCAUUUUUUCUCUCCUUUCUUCUCCUCAUAACUUGCAAGUACACCUUUUUUUACACUGAAAAUGAAUCCGCUUUUAAAUUUUCAAGUCUCAAGUUAAAAUUAUUUUUUUGUUAGUGGUCAGUCAGGUUUUUGUCCUGAAGAAAAAUGCAUUAAGAUUUGAGCACAAUUUUUACAGGACCCUCCAGUGAAGUAAGGAUUUUUUAGCACUAUUUCAGUGGUCUCACCCCUCCAUCUCCCCUUUUCUUCUUAGUGAACCAAUUUAUAUUUUUCCCCCUUACAUCAAGUAUGAAAAAAAUACCCUUAUCUGUCAUAAAUAGUACGAAUUAAACUCUUUCCCACAAAAUGUAUAAUUUUUAUCUUAUUUUAUUGAAUUAUCGUCAAAACACGAUAAAGUCUUUUCCUUAGCUUCAGAAGAUCAAAGUAUUUUAUUGUAACAUUGAUCACCAACAUAGGUAGUUUCUAUUCAUGUCGGUAAUCUUUUAUUUUGUGUUGACAUAUUCAAAAGAAUGUCUGAAAGCUAUUUUUGUAACAAAGAAAAGUCAAAUUGUUCUGUUUGUGAAGUUUUUGUUUUUCCUAAGAGCUAGUUCAAAUAACCUUCUUGAUUAAUCUUCUUGUUUAAGCUAAGUUAAUUAUUUCGUUUUCAACUCGUUGUUUUAUUUUGUUGAAUUUUCAUUUUGAACAAAAGAUGCCUCAAAUCACAAAUAUUUUUACUAUUAACCUAUUUUCUCGGUACUCCUCUUGUUGUGUUAAUUUUUCUUGACAUGAUAUUGACUUGCUUUGUAAUAAUGUCAAACUAUUUUUGAAAUGCAGUAUUAAACUAUUUUAUCAAAAUAUC